GCUUGCCCCAGCGCUGAGUAGUGGCAACAGCGUGGUUGCGUCGGGGGUGCCUGGGAGCAGGGAGCCCCGGGGGCCUGAAAUCGGCUACUCCCCGGGCAGACACGCUCUCCCUAAGGAAGCCGUGCUGCCGAAUCAGCGCUGGGCAGUGAGAGCGCCCAGAGGGGCUUCUUCAGUUGAGGAGAGGUGGGGUUACGGGGCACAGGUGACAGGGCCGGAGAAAGAUGGAGCAGCCCGGGGCCGCGGCGUCGGGAGCGGGAGGCGGCAGCGAAGAACCCGGCGGGGGCCGGAGCAACAAGCGCAGCGCGGGGAACCGAGCCGCCAACGAAGAGGAAACGAAAAACAAACCCAAAUUGAACAUUCAAAUAAAAACUUUGGCAGAUGAUGUGCGUGACCGAAUUACAAGUUUUAGAAAAUCUACGGUCAAGAAAGAAAAACCUCUUAUUCAACAUCCUAUUGAUUCCCAAGUCACAAUGACUGAGUUUCCAGCAGCUCAGCCAUUAUAUGAUGAACGAUCUUUGAAUUUGUCAGAAAAGGAAGUACUGGAUCUCUUUGAAAAAAUGAUGGAGGACAUGAACCUUAAUGAAGAAAAAAAAGCUCCUUUACGAAACAAAGAUUUUACCACCAAGCGUGAGAUGGUUGUCCAGUAUAUUUCUGCUACUGCCAAAUCUGGUGGUCUGAAAAACAGCAAACAUGAAUGCACCCUCUCUUCACAAGAAUAUGUUCAUGAAUUACGAUCUGGUAUUUCAGAUGAGAAACUUCUUAAUUGCCUAGAAUCCCUGAGGGUUUCCUUAACCAGCAAUCCUGUCAGUUGGGUUAACAACUUUGGACAUGAAGGUCUUGGACUCUUAUUGGAUGUUCUGGAAAAGAUUCUGGACAAAAAACAGCAAGAAAAUAUUGACAAGAAGAAUCAGUAUAAACUCAUUCAGUGCCUCAAAGCAUUUAUGAAUAAUAAGUUUGGAUUGCAAAGAAUUCUAGGGGAUGAAAGAAGUCUUUUACUAUUGGCAAGAGCAAUUGACCCCAAGCAACCCAACAUGAUGACUGAAAUAGUAAAAAUACUUUCUGCUAUUUGCAUUGUUGGAGAAGAGAAUAUUCUAGAUAAACUUUUAGGGGCUAUAACUACUGCAGCAGAAAGAAAUAACAGGGAACGAUUUUCACCAAUUGUGGAAGGAUUGGAAAAUCAUGAAGCUUUGCAAUUACAGGUAGCCUGCAUGCAGUUUAUAAAUGCUCUUGUCACUUCUCCAUAUGAGCUUGAUUUUCGAAUCCAUUUAAGGAAUGAAUUCCUCCGUUCAGGACUGAAAACAAUGUUACCAGAUCUAAAAGAAAAAGAGAAUGAUGAGCUUGAUAUUCAGUUGAAAGUAUUUGAUGAGAACAAAGAGGAUGACCUAACGGAAUUAUCCCAUCGUCUCAAUGAUAUUCGAGCAGAAAUGGAUGAUAUGAAUGAAGUGUACCAUCUUCUAUAUAACAUGUUGAAAGAUACUGCAGCUGAGAAUUACUUAUUAUCCAUUCUGCAACAUUUUUUGCUCAUCAGAAAUGAUUAUUAUAUCAGGCCACAGUAUUAUAAAAUAAUUGAGGAGUGUGUUUCUCAGAUAGUGUUGCACUGCAGUGGUAUGGACCCAGACUUCAAGUACAGGCAAAGAUUAGACAUUGAUUUUACUCAUCUGAUAGAUUCUUGUGUGAACAAAGCAAAAGUUGAAGAAAGUGAACAAAAAGCCGUGGAAUUUUCAAAGAAGUUCGAUGAAGAAUUCACAGCCCGACAGGAAGCUCAAGCUGAGCUUCAAAAAAGAGAAGAAAAAAUCAAAGAACUUGAAACAGAAAUCCAGCAACUUCGAACCCAGGGCCUUGGACCCUCAAGUUCAUCAGGAAUUCCAGGUCCUCCUCCUCCACCUCCACUACCAGGUGUUGGCCCAUCUUCAUCUCCACCUCCAACACCUGCAUCUCUACCUGGAGUUCCUCCUCCUCCACCACCUCCAUUAUCUGGAUUGGGUCCUAUUCCACCACCACCACCACCACCUUUAUUUGGAGGACCUCCUGCACCACCACCCCUAGGAGGAAUUCCUCCUCCCCCAGGAGUGCCACUUGAUCUACCUUAUGGAAUGAAGCAGAAGAAAAUAUAUAAACCUGAAGUGUCCAUGAAGAGAAUCAAUUGGUCAAAGAUCGAGCCCAAAGAGUUAUCUGAGAACUGUUUCUGGUUAAAAGUAAAAGAAGACAAGUUUGAGAAUGCAGAUCUUUUUGCAAAAUUGGCGCUGAAUUUUGCUACCCACAUAAAAGUUCAAAAAAAUGCGGAGCCUUCAGAAGUAAAGAAGAGUAUACCUGCAAAGAAGAAACUGAAAGAAUUGAGAGUUUUGGAUCCCAAAACAGCCCAGAAUCUGUCUAUAUUCCUGGGAUCAUAUCGCAUGCCAUAUGAAGAUAUUAAAAACAUCAUUCUAGAGGUUAAUGAAGACAUGCUAAGUGAAGCCUUAAUUCAGAACCUUGUGAAACAUCUUCCUGAGCAGAAGGUACUCAAUGAAUUAGCACAGCUUAAGAAUGAAUAUGAUGACCUCUGUGAGCCUGAGCAAUUUGGAGUUGUGAUGAGCUCAGUGAAAAUGUUACGGCCUCGUCUCAAUAGCAUUCUUUUCAAGCUCACGUUUGAAGAACACGUAAACAACAUCAAACCAAGCAUCAUAGCAGUAACUCUUGCUUGUGAAGAAGUGAAGAAAAGUGAAAGCUUUAAUAGACUUUUAGAGUUAGUUCUGUUGGUUGGAAACUACAUGAACUCAGGCUCAAGAAAUGCCCAGUCUUUGGGAUUUAAGAUCAACUUCCUUUGUAAGAUUAGAGAUACUAAAUCAGCAGAUCAAAAAACAACCCUUUUACAUUUUAUUGCUGAAAUUUGUGAGGAAAAAUACCGAGACAUCCUGAAAUUUCCUGAAGAACUGGAGCAUGUAGAAAGUGCAAGCAAAGUUUCAGCUCAAAAUCUUAAGAGCAACCUUGCAGCAAUGGAGCAACAAAUUGUUCAUCUGGAACGUGACAUCAAGAAAUUCCCCCAAGCAGAAAAUCAACAUGAUAAGUUUGUGGAAAAGAUGACGAGCUUUACAAAGAGUGCCAGAGACCAAUAUGAAAAACUGUCCACGAUGCACAAUAACAUGGUGAAGCUCUAUGAGAAUCUUGGAGAGUACUUCAUUUUUGACUCUAAGACAGUAAGCAUAGAAGACUUUUUUGGUGAUCUCAGCAACUUCCGAACUCUGUUUCUGGAAGCAGUAAAAGAAAACAAUAAGAGAAGAGAAAUGGAAGAGAAGACCAGGAGGGCAAAACUUGCAAAAGAGAAAGCUGAACAAGAAAAAAUGGAACGCCAGAAGAAAAAGAAACAGCUCAUCGAUAUAAACAAAGAGGGUGAUGAGACUGGUGUGAUGGAUAAUCUUCUAGAAGCCCUACAAUCAGGUGCAGCAUUCCGAGACCGCAGAAAGCGGAUUCCAAGGAAUCCAGAUAACAGACGGGUACCUUUGGAAAGGUCACGCUCUCGCCACAAUGGAGCUAUCUCAUCUAAGUGAUUCCUGUUGCCAAAGAAUAUGAAAAAUAUUUAAGUAAACAAAAUCAUACAUUUUGAGAAGAACAAAACAUGCAUUCAAGGGUCAGAGUGGAAAUAAGUAUGUUUCUGCAAAGGUCAAGCUAAACUGGAUGAAGUGAUAAGCAUUUGUAGAACUGUCGCUAGACUCCUCCCACAAUACCUAUCUGAACAGUUUGCAGGACUAGAUAUGUUUGUUCCACUUUAGCAUAAAGAUGUGUGUCCUUUGUUGUCAUGUGUGACCUGACUCUGAAGAGGAAAUUGUAAAAAAUUGAAGAGUUCUGAGACUUUCAAAAACAUUCAAAGAUUUAAAAUCCUAAAUUUCUAGGUCACUCCUACUAAAAGAAAAAAGAAGAAGAAAAGAAAAAAGAAUAGACAGAACUAUUCACUGUCUGCUUCCAGUCUAAUAGAUAGCAAAGGAAAAGGCCAAGAAAAAAUGUGCAUGCUAUGAUUGGAAAGGUGCUAAUAUUGCACACACUAAAGAGAAGCCAUUUUGAAAACUCAAAAAAGUACGGCUCCAUGCCAGUCAAGUUAUUUAGAAUCUUAUCUCAAGUGAAAGCUGAUGGAUUCAUCUGCUUUGGCUGAAAUUAAAUUUAUCAUUAGUCUAGCAUUUCAGCAUGAUAUUGCAAGCACUUAUCAUUGCUAAAAAUAAACCAAAGUUUAACAGAAUCAGUUAGGGAAAAUGACUUCGACUUUAUUUAAAGAGGUAUUUUCUAAUUAUGCAUAGAUGUCUACUUUAUACAAAUACUUUAUAUGGCUAUUUUUCGAGAAAAACUCCACAUUUUAAAGUUUGUGCUAGGGAUGAACCUGAAAAUUCUAUUACCUUAAUUUAGAUUUUAAAGGCAAAUAUUGAUUCCUGUUUGUGGUUUAUUUCUUCUAUUGUUUCCUUUGUCCCUUAACCCCCUUGAAGACAGGGAAUGGAGUUCUAGAAAACCUGGGAGGAGAGAGAUUUCUUUCUGUAGGAGGUGGCAGAAAACUGUCUGAAAGGUCAACUGUUCUAUCUCCCUUUCUGCUCCCUUUUCCAAUUCUGUUUUGGUGGUCUGAAGACGAAAAAAAGAAAAUCUAUGUAUGUAUGUGUAUAUACAUGUGUGUAUGUAUAUAUUUGUAUCUUUUGCUGCAGUAAUUGCACAUCCCAGUAACUAAGUGAAUUUCUCAAUCCUCAUCAUACUUACCAUAUAUUAACAAAUUUGAAUGAUGCUGCCACAACAACUCUGGGAAGGAAAACAAGGUCUACAUUUUUCUCAGAUAGGUGAGAGUUAAAGUUAUACUUAACUUGUCUAUUAUUUUAAAAUAUGCAUUGAAAUAAUUGUAACUUCUCUGGAGUGCAAUUUGAAGACCAAUUCAUGCAGAUGAUUGUGAUUACUGUAAAAGAGUUAUUAUAUGUAUAUUUCUUAUGUAGAAAAUCCUAUUUCGAUUCCUCCACUGCACAUUAUAGACAGAGAGAAGAACAAAUGACUGGCUUGGCAAGUCACCAUCUGAGAUAAUGCAAACAAGUGACCAGUAGUUCACAGAAUCCUUUAUAUAGAUGUAUAAUAAUUUAAAUGGUUGCCUUAUUAUCCAGUGCAUUCUGACUUGGGUAUUAUACUUCAAAAUUCUCUGAAGCUGCUAUAAUAGAGAAAUCAAAAAGUCACAAUAUCUGAGAUUUUUUCCACUUUUUCCUGACUGAAAACACACACAUGCACACAUAAACAUAUUUGAGGACACAUCAGUUUUCACACACUAUUUUUAACAACAACAACAAAAGUUUAGGUUCUACUAAUUUAGGUAAAGAACUAACGUGUGCAUUUUUUACUUUGCAAAGUUUUUUUUUUUUCUAAAAUUUUCAUGAUAUUGCUUCUUUGAGUCCUUUGGCUGUAGAAAAAUUAUUUUGAAAUGUCAACCCUGACCAAAAUUUGGAGACAUUUGCCAUGCCAUAUUAUCAAACUGGUCAAGGUAGAAAUACUGAUGUGUAUCACCUUUUCCAGAUGCAAACUUGCCUUAUUUUCUAGUUCGUGAACAAGAAUGAAUGAAGUACUAUUCUUGAUAAGUUAUAUAUUUGUAUUUGCAGCAAUGCCACAUGCUUUUCACAAACAUUAAAAAACCUUUCAGGGUCCAGUAAUUAAGUUAAAAGAUUUAUUUAUCAGGUUUAUAAUGGUCCUGCUCUAGCCACUUGCAUUUUUGUUUCAGAUUGAAAAGUAUUACUAAAAAAAGUACAUAGGGACAUUUGUAGUACAGAACCAAAUUAUACUAAAAUCUUUUGUUUACUACUACCACACAUGAGAAGCAUCACUUAUGCAGAUUUUUUUCAGAAUGUUUAAAAAAUGGAAAUUCAUAAAACGUUAACUAGUUAUGUUUAUUUCCUUUGGCUGCUGUAAUAAAUGACCACAAAUUUGGUGGCUUAACACAACAGAAAUUGAUCCUCUCAUGGUUCUGGAGUCUAGAUGCUUGAAAUCUAGGGGUUCACAGGGUCAUGCUCCCUCCAGAGAUUCUAGAGAAUACUUUCUUGCCUCUUCUAGCUUCUGGUGGCUAUUAGCAUUCCCUGGCUCAUAGCCAACAUUUCCACUCAUCUUUGCUGCACCUUUUCUCUGUGUACCUGAUCUCCCUCUGCCAGGAUAAUUUCUUCAUCUCAAGAUCUUUACAAUAAUAACAUCUGUAAAAUCCCUUUUCCAAAUAAGGUAACAUCUACCAGUUCUGCCCUCUUUCUUCCCCCCAAAUUGGUAAAUACAUUCACCCCAUCUCAACAUUCCCAAGUCUCAGCUGAUUACAGUUUCAACUCUAAAUCCAAAAUCUCAUUCAAAUAUCAUCAGUUCUAAAUACCCAAAUCUCAUCAUCUAGAUCAUUGAAAUGAAAUACAAGUGAAACUCUGGCUGUGAUCCAUUGUGAGGCACUAUCCCUGUCCAUCUGCGAACCAGUGAAACAAAAGAAAGAAGUGAUUUGCUUCCAAAAUAAAAACAGUGGGACAGGCAUGGAAUGAUAAUUACAAAUGUUCCUAUUCCAGAAGGGAGAAAAUGGAAAGUAGAAGGUAGUCACCUGUCUCAAUCAUUUUCAAAACCAACCAAAUUUCCUUUAGGAUUCAAGGCCCAGCAAUAGUCCUCUGUGUCUCAGGGCUCCACCGUUUGGGUCUGCAAUUGUCGCCUCUUGGACCGUGGACUGGGUUUCUGCCUCUGACCAUGGCUCACAAUUCUGCCUCUCCCCUCAUUCUUGGGCUUCCACCUUGGCACUUACAACUUUGCCCUUGGUGUGAUCCUUCCUUUAGCUUGAAGAGUGGCACAUGUUUGUAGUUGAUUAGUUUAUAUUAGCCUGUUUUGUUUUUCUUUUCUGUCUGUGGAAUUUUGGUAGUCUGACUGUCUUCUCUGAUUUUGUCCUGUCUCUGUCCCUUUCAGGUCAAGCAGAGACAUUUCUGCUGAUAUAGCAUUCUCAAAAACUUGGUUGAGCUCCCAUAUAUAUCCCAUAUAUAUCAUGUUGAUUCACACAUUUAGAAAAGAGGGCCCUUACAUAUCUUUCCUGGAUAACCGUUUCGAUAUUCCUGGUUUCUGCUGAGAUGGUUGAGCAAAUCCAUGACUCAACGCCUGAUCUCUUUAGCACUAGGUAAAGAAUGUUUGGCCACAUCCUUGGUCUUGGCCCCAUCUCCAGAGCACAUUUUCCUAAUAGUGAAUCUCCUAACUUUUGCAUCUUUUAUAUUCUGAGUAGGCUCAGAAUCUCUUAACUCAUCAAGUGCUAGUUCUUUUCCCACUUAACAGACCUUUCCUCCAUUUCUCUUUCCUCUCUUAUUUUACUCUAGGCAGAGAAGAAAUUAUGCCAUACCUCUAAUGCUUCAUUUGCAAGUCUCCUCAGCUAAAUAUCCAAGUUUGUCAUUUACAUGUUCCCCUUGCCACACAACUGUAGGCAGCAAUUCAGAUAGGCUUUUCGUCAAUAUAGAGCAAGCAUUACCUUUCUUCCAAUUUCCAAUAAAAUGAUCUUCAUUUCAUUGCAAGCCCUCACCAAAAAAUGCCUUUUAACAUUCAUAUUUCUGUCAAUGGUCCAAUCUAUGCUUUUUCUGCCACAUGCAUCAAAAUUCUUCCAGCCUCCACCCAUUAUCCAAUUCUAAAGCCACUUUUACAUUUUAAGGUAUUUGUUACAGCAAUAGCCCAUUCCCCAGUACUGAAAUCUGUAUUAGAUUCUUGUAGCUGCUAUAACAAAUUACCCCAAACAUGGUGGUUUAAAAUAGUAUUCUCUUCCUGUUUUAGAGGCCAGAGUCCCAAACCGAGUUAUGUUGGCUCUGCUCCUUUUGGAGCCUCUAGUGAGAAAUCUGUUCCUUGCAUCUUCUCAUUUUUUGUGGCUGUUAUCAUUCUUUGGCUUGUGGCUGCAUCUCUUUCUGCUCUGUCUUCACACCAUCUUCCCUUUAGUGCAUCUAAUCAACCUCUUCCUCUCUUGUAUUAGGACAUUUAUGAUGGAAUUUGGGACCUGCUCAGAUUAUCUAUGGUAAUCUCAUCUCAAAAUCCUUAAUUUAAUUACAUCAUCCAAAUUUAAUUACGUUUUCCAAACAAGCUAAUUCACAGAUUGUAGGGAUUAGGUUUAGGAUAUGAACAUAUCCUUCUAUUUUGGAGGGGGCACCAUUCACUACAUUAGUCAUUUAUACUUUUAAAAAAUAUAUCUUUGGUGCUUGAGACAAAUUUAAGGUUCUCUCUGAAAGCUAUUAUCUGUAUAGGCUACUGCAUGCUUUGUUAAGUAGACAAAGAGGUUAUUCUAAAUUUUGGUUGAUACUUUUGCUAAUGUGGCCAAUUAGCUUGGGGAUAAAAAAAAAAAACACAUGGAUCUCAUCUCUGCACUCUAUUAUAUCUCUUCUGCCCCUUUUUAAUGAAGUCUUUGACCAAAUGUCUU